AUGCCUGACCCAGCAGGGUUGCCCGCUGAACUCUUCUGUACUAUUCUGGAUGUCGCUCUACACAAGUCGAAUAUUCAACAUCUCUGCAGUCUAGCACUUCUGAACCAUAGAUGGCAUGCAGCCUUGAUAGGUUCUAUAUAUGACGAGUGGACAUACAAUGGUGCUAGGCAGUCAUUCAUGACAUUGUUGAAAUUCUUACGCACAGUACGCCACAGUGCGCGCAUUGCGGCACUCAUACGAACGCUAAAUGUGGGCAACUGGGGGGUUCAUCCCUCCGCGCAGAGUCCAAUUAGGCUAUCACUCAGUGAAACAGAAUGGAUUCGGUUAGCAAUCCAUGAUAUAGGAUUGGGUGAGCUUGAGGAUAGCAUUUUCCAAAGUCUCUCGCAGCAAGAUCGACGGCCUUUGAUGACAAUGCUCCUAGCGUCAGUUCCAAGGCUCGCUACCCUCUAUGCUUGUGUUCCACGGCUCGAUCCUAUUCUGGAUGUUAUUUUGAAAAGAAUACUCCUAGGCGAUGCAUCUAGUCCUCUGCGUGAGUUGAAGGAGCUGUACUUGUUCGCCGAACGCCUUAGAUAUGUUGAAACCGAUGGGGGCUCGGGCUAUGAAUCAUCCAUAGAUGAUACCAACAUUUUGCUUCCUUGCUUCAAACUCGACUAUCUAUGGCCAGUCUUCUACCUUCCAAGUAUCCGGACCUUGUUGCUCUAUAAUCUUGAUCCGCUCAAGGCAGCCGAGAGCCUUGGUCAAUAUAAUGCUGAACCUGGGGUAGAAAACCUCUACUUGGUUGGCUACGGUCCAAAAGGGAUCUUCACCGUUUCAAAUUUUCAAGCCUUGAUCUCUCGAACGAGGAAGCUUAAGAGCUUCUCGAUCUACAACCCGGGGGAUUGUGAUCUCUCAGAACUAUCAAACUCCUACAUGUGGGACUGUCUACGAAAGCAUAAGAAUACUCUUCAGGCUAUCGAUAUCUAUCGAGCUGAUCUGAUGUUCAGAAUGGGACACUUCGGUCUUCUUUGUGACUUCACCAGUCUCGAGGAUCUGCGAAUCCAUAUCGACAUGCUCCUAGGUGGAGGUAUCGGGUCGCCGCUAGCAUCCUUUCGCUUGCGAGAAACUCUACCUGAAACAUUACAAAGACUCACGCUAUAUGGCGAACAGGGGUACCUCACGGUCCCUGAUAUACCGGAUCAGCUGCAAGAGUUAUUAGGUGGGGGAUUCCCAAAGCUCAAAUCAAUUACGCUGGAGAAGGUAGACUCCAUCGCCCAUAGCAAUGGAGAUAUGAAGGAGCCGUAUCGGAAAUUGGAAAUGCUUUGCAUCGACAAUGGCAUUAUUUUUCGGAUAGAACAAAGUGAUCGAUUGUCAAGGGGUAACAAACGAGAGGAGCUAUGGGAGAAAUCUAUCUAUGUGCAAGGCGUGCAGGAAGCCAAUGCCCACGAGGAAGACGAAGCCGAUUACUCGGAUAGUGAAGACGAGUACGGCCCUUAUAUGAGUGGAACAUGGAAGUUUCACAAUGUCUCCUUCACCGACCAUCGUGGUGCAACAGCACAUAUGGUGUUCGGGAAUCUUGAGGCUUUCCCACUUCCACCACUAUUCUCCUUUGCCAUAUACUUCACCCAUUCAACCGUGUCGGCGGAGAACACCGAUCUCGUGGGUUUCUUUCGGGAAAUCCAGGCCUGUAACGAAGAUCGCUUUGACGUGCGUUUUGAUAUGUACUUUAUCCCAUCAGCUACCCACAGGGACUGUGUUCAGCAUUACCAGGAAGAAAAAGCCAGCCGGGGGACUUAUCAGGCCCAAGUGCAGAUGUUCAAACAGGCUGAUCGUGAUCAAGUCUAUCCACUCCCUGGAAGAGCCAGUAAUAUUCCUGGAAUGGUCGGGAAAUAUCAUAAUGCAGACCAGGUGCUGUUCAUCUGCUCAGACAAAGAUUGGCGAGAAGGCCAACAUGCUUUGACUAUGAUUAAAUUUGGUCGCUCAUCCACCACGGAGUCCCCGACAUUUACGGUCAUUGAAGAUUGCCCCAUGACCCAAGAGAGUCCAUCAUAUGAUACGAAUGAUCCCAGUCAAUUUAUUGUGGAGGAUGGGAUGUAUACUUGGGCGCACAGGCACAGAUAUAUAUUUCUUGAUCCGUGGCAGAAAGCAACCAGUCGGGGAUGGAAAGGGUGGUAA